AAAGGAAAAGUUAGCUGGACGGCGGAGUGGCCACUAGAACACAAAACCCUCGAGAUCGGCGUCGGCCACCGAACAAAGCACCGCAAGCCGCGGGCAAACGAUCCCCACGAACUCAGCGGAAGCCGGCCCCCCCCCGAGCCGCGACGGCAGCCGCUGCGUAGGGGACGACGCGGCGUCGGUUGAAUUCUAACGCCACAUCGUCCCCUCGGCAACCAACCACCUUGCGCUCGCGGCCGCGGCGCUGAAUAGAAAAAAAAAGACUGGUCUUGGACGGCGACGGCCUCCCGAUUUCAAGCACCUAUAAAGAUCCUAGUCCCAAGUCCCCAGCGCCUGCGGCCAAGCCAGAGGGCGGGAGAAUGGCGAGUGGGGAGGGCGGGGAAGAGAAGAGGCAGAGGCGGCGGCGGCUGCUGGGGGCGGCAUGCCUCCCGCGGUCGGGGUGCUUCACGGUAUCUGCCGCCGACGAGGGGCAGAGCAGGCCGAAGCCGACGCAUCUGGUCGUGACGGUCAAUGGGAUCGUCGGCAGUGCAGAAAAUUGGCGUUUUGCAGUAAAACAUUUCAUCAAGAAACACCCUGAAGAUGUGGUUGUUCACUGCAGUGGGUGCAACUCAGCUGCUCGAACACUUGAUGGAGUUGAUGUGAUGGGAAGAAGAUUGGCAGAGGAGGUGAUCUCAGUUGUUGAGUGUAGACCAGAGCUUCGCAAGAUUUCCUUUGUUGCACAUUCAUUGGGUGGACUAAUCGCAAGAUAUGCGAUUGCAUUAUUAUAUGAGAGUGCUCCACAAACAGAUUCUCAUGAAGAGUGUGAGAAGCAUGAUGCUGACUAUUCUAGCAACCAGCAUACAGUUGAAGGCAAAAUUGCUGGUUUGGAGCCUAUUAACUUCAUCACUUUUGCAACACCACACCUCGGUACAAGAUCACACAAACAAAUACCACUAUUUCGUGGUUCCAACAAAUUGGAAAAGAUGGCAUAUCGUUUGUCUUGGAUUGCUGGGAGAAGUGGAAAACAUCUUUUCCUGAAAGAUAUUGAAGAUGAGAAGCCACCGCUUCUUCUACAGAUGGUUACUGAUGAUAGCGAUCUCCAUUUCAUGUACACCAUGGGAAUAAUUACUUGUUUCACAAAAGGGGAAGUUAUGAUAUUUCAACAUAUUUUCUACUUUGCUUCUGCAUGCAGGUCAGCUCUACACUCUUUCAAACGUCGUGUUGUUUACUCAAAUGUUUGCGGUGAUUUCAUUGUUGGCUGGAGGACAUCUUCAAUACGCCAUCAACAUGAGCUUCCCAAGCACCAAAGUUUUAUAAACGAUGGUAGAUAUCCACACGUUGUAUAUGUGGAAAAACCAAAGGCUCGGAAUGUUGAUUUUUCGGAUGCAAUGCUUUAUCAGGCAAAAACUACAAGUGAAAUGGAAGAAGUGAUGCUCAAAGGUUUGAAUAGACUUCCAUGGGAAAGGGUAGAUGUUAGCUUCAAGAAAAGUAGACAAAGGAUUUUCGCUCAUAGCACCAUUCAGGUCAAGACCUAUUUCUUGAAUUCUGAUGGAGCUGGCGUGAUCUUUCACAUGAUCGACCAUUUUGUUUAUUAACAUGGGGCUGCUAAGGUGGAGCCGAAUUCUUCUUGUUUGGAUUGAUCCGGUUCAAUAGGAACAUGCGGAAAACAUUCCUGCAGGAUUAGAGAUAUACUGGAAGAAGUAGAACACAUUGUAAAGAAAGGGUGUUUGGUCUCCACGCUUCCUGUAAAUUUUGGGCCUCCUAGGUUCUGUUCUGUGUUCCCUUCUCUCUCUUUUUUCUUCCAGAUUUCAGCAGCUCAUUGUACAUGUGCAGAUGUCCUGGACUGUGAUCUGUUAUCCAUAAAAAGGAAAAAUUGACGGUGUC